CAUAUCACUGGACUUAUCCAUGGCAGUAGAGUACAUCCAUGCACAGAGAAUCAUUCACCAGGAUAUAAAGCCAGCAAAUGUCAUGGUUCACCACCCUUCUAAGAAGGCAGUCCUGACAGACUGGGGCAUGGCAAACAUAAGAGACACUGUGAUGCUUCGUCAAGGGAGUAAGUUCACUGCCCAGGUUAUUGGUCCAGCUGGUGGCACAUAUCUUUACAUGGCUCCUGAAUGCAUACUGAUGUUUGAAGAGGCCUCGUUCCAGACAGACAUGUGGUCCCUCGGAGCCACAUAUCUGGAGAUCCUGACGGGGUCCGCUCCGUGGACUGUUAAAAAACAAAGAGAACUGGCUGCACUAAUGGCCACCAAAACCCCACCACAUGCCCUAUCACAUCUCAGUGACAAACACAGUUUUCUUGGUGGUUUGGUGAGCUAUGACCCAGACUCAAGGCCUUCCGCAUCUGAUGUUGUUAAGUUUCUCAAGUCAGGCCUUGAUCUUACAAGCCGAUAUGGCUACAAGUGGUAAUGUUGCUACAGUCUGCAGUUCAAAAGUCUUUCAAUGUUAAUUAUGUUAUACAUUAGGGUUAACAAAAGUUGUGUUAAAUGAAACACUGAAUCAUUAUGAAAGAUGGCACCUUGUCAAUUGUUUUUCAACAUUUUAUUGUACAUUUUGUUGGUCAGACAGUUUUCAAAUUACCUGUUGAUUGUAAACAAGGAUAAAUAAAUGUUAACAAACAA